AUGUUAUUUCUUAUGGUUGUUAUAAUAUUGUCUAACAUAGCUUACGUUAGCAAUAAAAAUGCGGGUACUACGUUAUUCGAUUACGCGAAAACAAGCGUUAACUGCUGGACCCAAGACGAUAUCGCCAAACUGAAGGCUCGGAAAACAUUCGAGGAGCUGAUCCCACCCCAAGUGAGCCCUGACAGGGUCGACAGCCGGUACAUUAGGGAGAUCCUCAAGUACUUCAGAAGUGCUUUCAGAAAUGUGCAAAGGGAUGUGGACUUCAAAACUGCCUCAAUAUUAAAAGAAGCUCUGUCGGACACUGUCGGUGCACACCUUAAAAGUGAGAUACUCCCCACUGUUAGAUUUGCUUACUACGCUGGUUAUGUCCCUUACAGACACGCCAAACAAGUCCAUGACUUUUAUGAACUUAUAAAAACGAAUAUGAACACUCAAGGCUUGGGAUGGAGACCACCCGAACGAAUACCUCAGUGGUCAAACCUGACUGUUGCCAAAAUCCUUAUCGGAUCCGGAAAGCUUUUAGAUCCGUGUUCUUGUUUAGUCACUAGACGUGAUUCUAGUAACUGCAUUCACCUACCGGCUCCUAAACUAGAUGAUGAACGACACCCCUCGGCUAUCGCUCUGCCUUUUAGAUCAGAAGGACUGGUUAGUUUGACAGCACCCAGCUCCGAAAAUAUCCUUUUAAAAUAUUACACGACCGCGUCAAGAUGUAUACUGCAUAGCUCACCAGCACACUGUCGCCAUGCAGACUUCGUUAAUUUGAAUAAUGAAUUAUGGCACUGGAUGAAACGGGAAGUUGCACCACAUCUAGUUGACGAGAAGUUGUACACAGCUUACGGUGGCGUUCUAAGAAUAGCGGCCGCCGUGCAAAACUAUGGAAAAGGCUUAUCGAGACGUAAUCUCUUUGAAUAUCAAACUGCUGCUGUAUCUAAAUUUAGUCCUUGGAAAUCGCUUACUCAAUCCUACAUUUACAUAAAUGCUGACUGGACGCCGAAACUGUACGUGACUUUAGUGCUGUUGACCGCGGCAGCAAUAUGCCUUUUACAAAUGUGUUACAAUUAUAUGUUUGGAGACCACGGAUGUAGUUGUAAAAACCGCUCUGCAAGAACGAAUUACUCAAGAGAUUGUGCAUAUACGAAAGUAGACAGCAAUUUUCCAGCUGUACUGCCUCACCAAAGUGCCAUUUAUUACAGUGACCAGAAACGCGUAAAGCGUCCACCCACUAAAAGUAAAACGUCUUCGCUGGGGUCCAUUAAAACCCAGAGAGUUUAUGACUUGAACGAGAAUACUGAAAAACUGAUGGCAAUAAUAAUGAGUGAAGACUCCGAAGGUGGAUCAUCACCAUCAAAGAUUGACAGCGGUGAUGACUGUGGCGACAGACGUAUUGCUAUUGCUGACGUCACCAAAGAUAACAGGCCUAGGAGUCCACCGAAAAUAGAAACAUCUCUAGCGCAGUUGACUAUUGAAAAAACACUGCCUUCAUCGGAUAAAAAGUCGUCAAUACCGAUGUACUCGACUAGCACUUUAACACGUUCAGAGUUGACGUACUGCCCGGACAAACUGCUGAGCGAUACUUGUUGGUCAGCGACCAGCACCAGUACAUCAGGAAAGUCGAUUAGUUCGACUAGUUCAAAGUCCCGCAGUGGGCGGUCGAGGAGCUCUCGAGACCUGGCGUGGGCCCGGCACGUGAUAUCCAGGCACUCCCGAAGAGGACCGAUGCAGUCCACGACUGGGACAGAGUUAGACGCCAAUUCUUUCAUAACGCCGCCUUCGCGCCGGUAGCGAUUUGUUAUUACAUCGUUUACGUUCAUAGGUAUUUA